GGGACAAAGAAGAGGCGACCGUUAGAAACUUGAACGUUAAGGGGAUCGAUGCCAGCGUGUAGCUGAAUAAAUACUCUCACUACUCUAUAAUUCUAUAUGCGUAUCCAGCUGUUGUUGAAGGAAGACAUAGUAACACAAUGGGUAUGGUGGUGGUGAUUUCUCUGCCUCUUAUUCUGUUCUGCUUCAUUCUUGGCUUUGGAUGUUACUUCUUCGGAAGGCACAGGGGAAGGCGUGAUGUCCAGACCAAUCCUCAAGUCUAUGGGAUGCCUACUCCACCCCCCGGUGCCGCUGCCGGUGCAGUUCCUCCGCCUUACUUCAAGCCAGACAAUGCUUCUGCCAACGUUUGAUAAUCCGUCAUUCUUUUCUUUGUGUUGUGCUUGCUUGUUAAGUUGCACACUCAAACUAUUGGUUUUGGUGUAACUAUUAUUCAUAAUUGUACUUGUUUCUUUGUAUGUUGUAUUUUGAGAUCCAAUAACGUAACAUCUCACAUUCCUUUAA